AAAUGGAGAACUGUAGUAAGUGGUCAGAGAGGGAAAGUGGGGAAAGCGAAUCUUUUUUCCGAAUACAAAUCGACUUGUUGCCACCUGUAAUCAGCCUGCAGAUAACGGCUCCAGUAGGUUUAUCAGCGCAAGCAAAGUCUAACGAGGAGUUGAGAUAACAGUGUAUGGAGGACAGCAGAGGCGCUGCAGUCCUGGUCCCUCAUCUCAGGGACCAGCAGGAGGCUGUCUUCAUCCCUGAACCGCAUCACCCCGGUGGAGAGGACCAGCGGAGGCAGCCGCGCAAGCCGGCGGCUGACUCACUCAUUCAGGUGAUCAAGAAGCUCAGCAAGAUAGUGGAGAAGCGGCCGAGGCGGUGCCCCGUCCCCGGGAGGAAGAGACCCUCCACGCCUUGUGCCUCAGUGAUGGCCGCCGACAGCAGAGACCGUGACGAGGGGGUUCCCCUAGGCAAGAGGCCUAGGGAGCAGGGGGAGGAAAGCCACGGGUCCAGGCUGGGGCUGGAGCCCCCUAGUGCCGGUAGCCGGACGGUCACCUGCUAUCAGUGCAGUCUGUGUCACUUCCUGUCACCUACGCUGAGAGCACUCAAGGAGCACCUCACGCAGCACGAUGAGCAGCACAGUGACCUCAUCCUCAUAUGCUCGGAGUGCCGCUUCGCUUCCAGGCACAAAGAGGAGCUCGAGGCGCACGUCAGGCUUCACCUGCAGGAAGGUGAGCGCGGCCAGGGCAGGACGGGCCAUCCCGCAGUGAAGUCAGACGCCGAGCCGGAGGGUCUGCCGCCCGCCUCGGGGAAGAAGUGGUACAGCUACGAGCACGGCCGCUACCGCUGCCUGAUCUGCAGCUAUGAGUGCGGUCAGCAGCGGAACCUGAAAACACAUGCUUGGAAGCACGCCGGCCUGGUGGACUGCUCGUACCCCGUGUUUGAGGACGAGGUCGCCCGGGGCGAGGCGCACGGCCCCAUUCACGGCGCUGUCGCCUCCAGCCCUCCCUUAGUGCCUGUCAAAGAGGGAGAGGCCAUCGUGGUCCUGGCGCCUGGAGGUGAGCAGGCCCACGUGCUCCACAGCACCCCCUCUUUACAGCUGGAGCUCUGCGCCCAAGCGGGGGUGCAGUGCGACAGUGAGUUGGCAGAGGGGAGAGGGGAGGAACUUGGAGGGGAGGCCUCCAUAGAUGCCUCCUCUGGUAAAGAUGCCUCUGUAUCGGACGAGCCAGCAGUGGAGGUCCAGGUGACGCCAGAGGCUCAGGUGGAGCUGGAGCUGGAGCUGGAGACGGAGAGCGGGCCGGGGAGCUCAGACAGCCUGCUGUCCUCUGCCCAGAAGAUCAUCAGUCGCUGCAGCAACGGUGUCGGCCAUGUCAACGUCAUCGUGGAGAGGCUCCCUUGCUCCGAGCAACCCGUGGCCAGCCAGCCCCUGCUCCUCAGCGCGGAGGUGGCCGGGGACAAGACCCUGCUGGCUCCCGAAGAGGUGCAUCCAGAAAGCCAGCCCUGCCCUGCCUUCUACGAAGAGCAGGAGCUUGUGAUUGGCUGGAACCAUGAUGGGGAGCCUGGAGGGGAGGAGGGUGCUUCCACUCCACCCCCAGACGAGAACGUGCCCCCAGCCCGGAGGAGGACUCACUCAGAGUGUUUGCGGCUGCACUCCUUGGCAGCGGAGGCCCUCGUGACCAUGCCAAUGAGAGCCACAGAGCUGAGCGAGGCUAUCAUUAGGGGUGCGUCGGGGCUGGGCGCGCCGAUCCCCGACACGGGCCAGAGGGUUGUGGAACUGCCCGGGUCUGCUACUCCCCCAAAAGGAGUCCCAGGGCCAGCCACUCUUCUGAACCUCAGCCUGGACGUCCCGCCGGGUUCCAGGGAUGAUGCGCUGACCGAGGGGCCUUCCAAAGCGGGCAUCAGCAUGUCCCUGCUCACCGUCAUUGAGCGGCUGCGGGAACGGUCCGACCAGGAUGCCUCCGACGAGGACAUCCUGAAGGAGCUGCAGGACAACGCUCAGAGCCACGGCGACGGCGGUGGCAGCGGGUGGGCGGGGCCGGUGGCAGUGGGUGGGACCGGGGACCCCGCCUCCACAGAGGGUGGGCUUGUGGAAUACAUCGCCGGGAGUGACCGGCCCUACCGCUGCCGUCUGUGCCUGUACAGCAGUGGUAACAAGGGCUACAUCAAGCAGCACCUGCGCGUUCACAGGCAAAGGCGGCCCUACCAGUGUCCCAUCUGUGAGCACAUAGCCUGCAGCAGCAAGGACCUGGAGAACCACAUGAUCCACCACUGCAAGACGCGCAUGUACCAGUGCAAGAACUGCAGCGAGACUUUCCACUACAAGAACCAGCUGAGGAGCCACGAGAGAGACUCGCACGAGGCCGGGGACAACGUGGCUGCCUCGCCACCCGUCACUGAGACCGCAGCUAGCACGGACAAGGGUGAGAAGAUGCUGGACGAAGACUUGGCCAGUGAGCAGAAGGUGUUCAAAUGUGAUGUGUGUGACUACACCAGCUCCACCUAUGUUGGCGUACGGAACCAUCGUAGGAUUCACAAUUCUGACAAGCCCUACAGGUGCUGCAGUUGCGACUUCGCCACCACCAACAUGAACAGCUUGAAGAGCCACAUGAGGAGGCACCCACAGGAGCACCAGGCCGUACAGCUGCUGGAGCAGUACAGGUGCUCCCUGUGCGGCUACGUGUGCAGCCACCCUCCAUCCCUCAAGUCGCACAUGUGGAAGCAUGCCGGAGAUCAGAACUACAACUACGAGCAGGUGAACAGGGCCAUCAACGAGGCCAUCUCCCAGAGCAGUCGCUCUCCAAAACCAGCAGCAGAGCCUGCGGUGGAGCGCCCGUGCUUGAUCUUGGGCAAAAAGGAGAAGACGCCGCCCGAGCCAGCCCCAGGUGCGGCGGGGGACAGCCCGAGAGCCGGCCCCGGGGAUGGCCCCACCUGGAGCCCGGGUCGCCGGGCAGGCACGGGGCAGGCGGCGCGGGCGGAGUACUGCGUGCUUCUAUUCUGCUGCUGCAUCUGCGGCUUUGAGUCCACCAACAAAGACCAGUUGAUGGAGCACAUGAAGGAGCAUGAGGGUGACAUAAUCAGCAUCAUCCUGAGCAAGGACCAGCAGGGCAGCCACGCAGCAGAGGCCACUACUGUGCAGUGAGAAGUGGAGCGUGUAGAGAGAGACACACACACACCUCUUAAAGUUAAAGCCAGUAACUUUUGCACAAGCUUAUUUUCCUUUUACUUUUUUGCCUAUGUGUACACAUGCACGCGCGCACACACUCACAAACCCAAACAUGCACACUUUGAGAUGUGACAAGGUCCGCUUCCAACGGGUGAUGCCCAACUUCAGAAAGACUUCAGUAUCACUGAUCUUGUUCUCCAGUUGUCCUUUACUCUUUAUCUCUCAGUAUCGAUUUCACAGUCCAGCAAUUUGGUUUUAUUUGCUGGCAUAAACUUUUAAUUCAGGAAGUCUGAAAAGUUUAUUUGAAAGGUUAUCAGACUGAAUUGGAACUCUCAGCUGAACAAACAUUUUAAUCCUUAGUGGAAUAUGUAUUUUGGUAUUGCUGAAAGCAGCUUCAUACCUCAUAACAUUUAAAUACAUAGUAUGGUAAGAUUUAGGGUUAAUUGUACACAAGGCAGCUUCUGUAGUUCACUGUAACAUUUAUUUAUCAGUAUAUUAUUUGUGUAUACUAGGUAGAAGUUGUAUCUCCGUUGUUUGGUUUGAAAGGAGAAGGCAGAUUGGGUCCUUGCCUUCUUUUUUUUGUCAUGUCAAUAUUUAUCACGCUAAUUUAUAUAUUUUUUGCAUGUACCUUUUCCGUUGAGUCCACGCAGAGGAGGCUGCUUGUUUGAGCUGUCCUUUGUUUGGUGCUAUCGGACCUCUCUUCAGCUCUGCUGGGUCUGAAAGAAGGGUCAUUCCAGGAAUGUAUCUUAAACUUACAGCUAAGCCGACGGGGAAGUCUAGCGUCUAGAAGCACAGCAGGUCAUGUCUCAAAACAUUCUAAUGGUCACUGGUCCACUAAUUAAAUAUUGGGGAGGGAAAAAAAAACAAAAAAAAACCUUAAAGGUCAGGGGAGUGUGACAGUCCAGCAGACAACUAAAGUCCGCCUUUCAUUAGUCGCUAAUGAUUCCAGCAGCAGGACGCAAAGGGGAAGCCGAAUACAAGGCGUUCGUUCCGGAACCAUAGCCGGUGUGUUGUCUAUACGUCUCUGGUCGGAAUGUCCUUUGCCUGUUCUGUCGCCGACCUGCCUAGGCUAGUCUCCGCAGGACAGCUGCGAUGCUUGCAUAGUGACUCCAUUCACUCCCCAUCGACCCAGAAUGCUAAAAAACGAAUUAGUAUUUAAUUCCUGCAGCUCUCACUCAGUGUGACGUUGGGAUAAGGCAAAUGCGCACUUGGUUUCUGCUUCUUAUUAGGAAGGAAGAAAAAUGUCAAAGUUUCAGUGGUGAUUUACAUCUAUUAACAUGUUUGUCCACCAUAAAACCUGUGUGCAAUUUGGAGCCUUGCAAUGCUGAUGGUCAUAAAAACAAAUCAAGUAAUAAAAACUAAAUAUAGUUUUCCAAUAUGGAGAGUUUAGAGGUUUGGCAAAGGACAGACCAAAUGCUUUGCACCAUUACAAAAUACAGCAUCCAUCAUGGCCCAAAGUGUCUGGCGUGGCCGACGGCAAGUUACGGGGGGGGAAUCGACGCCCAAUUCAGAAAUUCAAAACUUAUCCUUUAACGGAAUGUUGAAUGGAUGCAGUGUAGAUAUGGGGUCUGUGAUUGGAAGAGGAAUCUGAACCUAGUGCAGCACAACUGCUCUUAAGAUGUUUAUUUAAUACUGUCUGGGGCAUAUGCAAUACAAGACAUAUGCCCUGUAAAAGGCAGUGUUGAUGUAAUGUUUAUAGGACUCAAUGAGGAGGCAAGAUGAUGUCCUUUAACAACUUUAAUGGGAUUUAGAAAUGUAAUGGAAGCUAAAUUUCAGUUUAGGCACCGUGAUUACUGGUAAAUCUGUCCAAAUUCAGGAACUUGACAUUUUUCCUUCUCACUUUUUAGUUAAGCUGUUUACAUUUUAGAACAAGUUAUUGCAAGAAGCAAUUGUAACGCUUGUAUGCACCACAAAUAAUUAUCGCUGUAGUGCUCUUCUAACAUUUAAACACUGAUUGCUACCUCUGAUGAAAGUUUUUCCAAAGUCCCUUGACCUUAACUUAACUCCUAGUCCUAGGUUUGUACUCCACAUGCAGCAUAUUCAGAUGGUUUGUAUGCUCUUAUUGCUUAUAUAUCAACAUUUAGUAAUGCAAAAUUGAGGAUAAAAUUUCAUUUAAUUUGUGGGUCUUGGGGUUGCAUCUGUACAGCACAAUGUACAAAGAAAAGAAAAUCUUUAUUUUCUAUCUAGGCAUGUCUCGUUAACAUAACAGACUAUUAUUGUCUCAGGCUGAUUUACAGUUUGAACUGCAAGUGUCGGGAAGAUGUUGACAUGGUGUGCAACGCUUACACUCACUGUGCAUUUUAAUCAGUCAUUCGAGUUUAACUGGGGUAUUUGGAACCCUUUGUGUGGUGUUUCUCUCUUAGUUGCUUUUCCAUUUUUAUAAAAUAUUUUAAGCCCCAGGCACCCACUCGAGCUGUUUUCUGUAGGUGCAGUCAGAAGCAAGUAGUUUAUUUAAAUGUGUUCAGAAUGCAUUUAACAAUUUGCAAUUAAUGUCAAUAAUAGAACAGUUGCAGGAUAGAAAUUUUAUAUAUAUAUUAGGAGAGAAUAUUUAGUUGGGGGUAGUGGUGGUGAAACUUAUCCAGAUGCUUUUGUGGGUAAACAUUAGGCUGUUUUAGCCAGGCUUUUCACUUCAGUUAACGUGUGAACUGAAUUAACUUGGAGUCUCCACCUGUUAAUCUUGCAAACUUGUGCACCAGGGGUCUGACUGCUUGCAAUGAUCUAAACAGCAAAAACGAGUGAGCUUUUCCCUUAAUGGUCAGACGUCGGGAACGCCCAGGCCUUUAAGGCGAUAGUGUUUAUCUAAUCAUACAAGCAAGCCCCCGUUUCUUUGAGACUUCAGAAAAAUUCAUAAGUCAUGAAAAGAUUGGAGCUCAGCCUGUUAUGUGCCUUCCAUUUUUAAGCCUCAUUUUGAGCUCCAGUUUUGGUUAGAGUGACAAAAUCUUUAAGCUCAUUGUUGCUCCAUAUCUGAUGGAUUGAAUUGUUUGAGAGAUGCCUUGGCUCUUGAGAUGUGCUCUCUCCAGCUCUGUAAUGUACCGUAGUAUGGCAUUGUACACCAUUGGCUGUAUAUAUACUGUAGAAUUUGAAACUGACUAUCUUUUUUAAGAACUUCUAUUUUUUAAAACAACUUGUAAAAACACUAUAAAAAAAAAAUGUGGAUUGUCUAGCCAAAGUGUAUCAAAAAUGGGUUACUCGUUUCAUGUUGUCCAAGGGAGUGGUUAGCAAACGAAGCCUGCCAAAGAAGGGAUGGAACACCUUUCUCUCACACCCCCGAGUUUGCAUCCUCGUGGUCCUUCUGGCCAUAUUUUGAAGUUAGUGUUCCGUUCAGUUAUUUAUUUUCCUCUUCAUAGACUGUAAAAUCAUGACUUUUUUGCCAUUGUAUUUUUGGUAUUAAAGACUGAACAAUGACGUAACCCUCGA